AUGCUUAUUGUUAUUUUCUCGUGGGGAGACAUCAUGGAGGUGGGCAAUCGAGUUCAUGACCCGUGUGUCAAGGUAAGUCUUGAAUUGGAGAGUCUGCUUCAGCACCACUUUCAUAAUAGACAGCAUUCAAAGAGAGUCUUGAAGGACCACCUGCGUGAAGCUGAAUUGGAAAUAACUCAUCUUCGGCUGAGUGUCUCCGCGUAUGCGGAGCAGCUAAAGCAGGAGCGCACCAGAGCUGAGGCUCUUCAACGCGACAUGGAAAAUGCUCAGCGAUGUCACGCCGCUGAGCUCAUGAACCAAGAUAAAAGAAUUAGAGAAAGAUUGUGUGAUGUAGAUGCGCAGGCUCGACUUCUCGUGGUUAAAACGGAAGAGUGCGAACGCCGUUUACAGAGUCUGCAAGAAAAAGAGACGGAACUUUUGAAUCGUGAAGCUAAUUUAAGGUCUCAUCAGGCAUCUUUUGAGGCUGGGAUCAUACCGGCGCAACGACAAGCUGAAGCGGAAAGAGCUCGUAUGCACUACGCACGGGAAAAAGCUGAACAAUUUCUGGAGGAAGCGAGGGUAUCUGCUCUAGCUACGGAAGAGAGAAGACAUCAACUUGAAAAGCUGUACAAUAUAGAAAUGCGGUGUUUUGGGGUUGAAAAGGAAGAAUCAAUUCGGCGGAUGCAUAUCAUGCGACAAGAAAUGUUAGGGGCUGUUUGCCUGAUUUCUUCGCGACAGAUGCAUGCAGGUCUUGCUGAAAACAAGGCCGCUGAACGGAUCCGGAUACUUGAACAAGAAUUAGCUUCUAGAAAAGACGUGUGUGAGAUGCGGGAAAAGGAGUUGUAUUCACGGCACCAACGGGAACGGCAACACUUAAAAGAUGAGAAGGAUCGUUUAAUGUCCAUGAAGGAGGCGAUGCGACAGGACUAUAGAAUUGUAUUGGAAAGCAUUCAUCUUUUGGGAAAUGAAUGCUCCACAGAACCUGAACGGCUACAGGUUAAUGCAUUGAGAGACCUUGAAAAACUCCUCUUUUCCAUGUUAGAUGAUCAACACUUGGGUCUGGACAAGAAGCUGUAA